AUGACCUUCUCUUUUUCACCCAAAUCCCCAUCUUCUUACCCACAAACAUACAACCACAACAACUUGAACUUCAACCCCCGCAACCACAACAACCAGAAUCCAACAAACAAUCUCAGAAUAGCGACGCACGUCCACCAUGUUCUGAAUCCAGUCGUUCCGACUACUCCGGUACCCUCAGUCACCAUUUCGUCCCAACUCACCAACCAGUACCCCACCUCCACAAUUUUUCCCUCACCGGAAAAUCUGUCGUUCCACGUAGCCUCCAGCUUCGCAAUUCCCGACGACUUUAACAACUCUCCCGCCACCACGGAUUCUAACCCAAGAUGGCUUCCCUCCAGUUCAUCGAGCCUGCCGGCACAAUCUUCUCAGCAACCCCAGUAUCAGGAUCUCUCCCAUCGCGAGCCCAGUCCGCAAUCGCAACAUCAGGACUUCGUUCUGUUCGGGAGCUCUCCCAGCGUUCGCAGUACCCCUAGUCUGUUCAACACGCAAGCCACGCAAGACCAAUAUCGUCGACACUCAGCCCAUCUCAACUCUGCCCAGUCUUCGCAGAAUCAACGAGUAACCGCGAUCAUUCAAGCAACUGGACAUUCUAUCACCCCAUCGGUCCUCACCAAUCGGUUUAAUCUCCCUGCGCAGAGUCCUCAUCAGUUCUACGCUUCCUCCGCGUCCCCGUCUGCCGCGACCUUGCAGCGACAGCAACCGCAACAGACUCGUCCUCAAGUCCCCCUGUUUUCGCAAUCAACUGGCAAUAUCCAGCAAGCGCCCAACAUGGUUAUGCAAGGUAUAUUCACCCACCCAUUACCUGCGAACGCUGGUGACUCACACAUCCACGCAGAUAUGGAUCUUUUUGAACAAUUCACCGCCUUCACGGGUGAGGCGAUGACUCAGGGCUCAUUUCCUUCCGCCCACUCUUCGCCCGCCGUGCCAACCACGUACGAUCCACAAAUGAACCUGUCUUCCUCAAGCUCCACCAACAUGGAUACUAUCUCUCCUUCAGACUUGCACCGCGAUACCUUCGGGACUGCUCCGAACUCAUCUGCUUUCACGAAUCUGACCACUCCCGAAUCGCAGUACUACCAGUCGCCCGAUUUUGGACAAGUUGACGCUCCUCCCUACGACGAUCGAUCUGUUACCGGCGACGCAUGGUUUCCUCUCUUCCCUCAGGAUAAAAAGGCUGAAAAACAACAAACCCAAGUCAGCGAGUCUCCUCUUCUGCCGGAGGAGGAACUCGAAGUUUCAGAAGUACUCCGUCAUCGUCGCUCUGCCACUGCAUCUACUCAGCCUAGUGCUGGCAUCCGAAAGCGAGACAAGCCUCUCGCUCCAAUCGUUGUUGAAGACCCCCACGACCCGGUGGCAGUAAAACGAGCGCGUAACACUCUGGCUGCUCGCAAAUCUCGACAACGCAAGAUGGAGCGAUAUGUGGAACUCGAAGAUGAAAUCGAAAAGUUGAAAGCUGAGCGUGACCACUGGAAGGGCAUGGCUUUGAGUCGGAAUAUACCCUCUGGCGUGCAUCAGACUAAUGUAGCAGAAUUUUCAAAGUGUACAACAGUCACUGCGUUCUCCCUGAUACCAAUAUGUUUAGUCGUCGUCGCCGCCAUUAACAAGCCCAUCGUCACAUCCUCGCGCAUGUUUCCUAUUUUCAUGCCAUAUGUCAUCACUAUGAAACAUUUCCAACAGAACACAAGCUCUCCUUCUCUUCUUGUUAAAAGCCGCUGCAAGUACCCCCACUCCGAUCUUCAACUCAACACACAAUCUGCAGAGACCCUCACCGAAAAAUCCAGUAUCCCCUGA